AUGAUUUUUCAGCAACAGUUCAAGCAUAAUCAAAACGUUUGCAACUCUCAAUUAAUAGCUGUGAAAAACAGUGCUUAUUGUUCAUUAAAAUGCAAGAGCACCCACAACUACUUCGAAGACCUUUACCUCCAAAAUUCCCUAAGCUGCCUUUAAGUAAGAAGAAAGUCCAUACAGCCAAGACUGGUAAAACUGAGCCAAAACAUGUAACGUUCAUUCAAGAUGAAACCACUUCAAUUGAAAGAAAGAAAACUAGUUUUCCUGAUGUUUCAAGAAGUCAACCACAAACCCUUGUCAAUAUCCAAAAUCUCUUUCUUGAUCAUUAUAUACAAGAAAGAGUGACUACUAUUUCAAUACCCAGAAAAACUUCUAAGAAUGUGUAUUGGCACAUUCCAGAGACUGCUACUGGUUCCUUAUUUUUUCCAACCUGUCAUUCAGCCUCAAGUCGUGUUUUUGGGAAAGAAAUAAGACAAAUGAAAAGGUCAAGAAAAUCAAAAGAAAAAUCAUCAAAAAUAAAAAAUAUUUAUUUUGGUGACAUGUUCAAAGACAUUGUGAUUUUCUCCUCAGAGUUCUCCAGACUUCCAAGUACUACUUCCCCAGCUAUUUCUCCCAAACCCAAGGAAGUUCUAUCUGCAUCUACCUACACUUUUAGGCAACCUCUGAUAGGUGCAAGAGCAACUGUGCCAAGCCCUAUAACAAGAUCUAGUCCUGUUAAAGGAAGAAGAUGGUGGGCUAAACAUUUAAAACAAGAUACUGCUGUGGUACUAAGUAUUACUCAUUUUCCAGGUCCCAUCUCCAUACCAACACCAGUUUUGCCAAGAAAACCUCAAAGACAGUCUUUGUUAGAAACUCAGGUAGCAGAAUCUGAAAAGGUAGAAAGUACUCCGAGGCAAAGCACACCAAACCUACCUGAAGGUAUUGUUAAAUCUAGAAAACAAGAGGAAUCACAGGUACAUCUCAUACGUGGUGGAGGUCUUAAGACUAUCAGUGCAACACGAUAUGAAACAAUAAUAGCCAUGACCAACCUUGCCAUAGUAAACUGUCAAAUAUAUGGAAGAAAUGCACUUAAUCUUAAGGGCUUUUUUAUCACAAACUGUCCAGACUUAACGAUUUUGGCCUCCCAAUUGGUAUAUCUUAACUUAUCCUUCAAUGACAUCAGUUACUUCCCCACAGAAAUACUUUGUCUUAAAAAUUUACAAAUACUAUUACUAAGAAAUAAUCCUAUCAAAGAAAUCUCUUCUGAAAUUCAGCAACUUAAGCUCCUUAGAGUUUUCAGCAUUGCCUUUAAUUUGAUUACUACUCUUCCACCUGGGUUAUUUCUUUUGUCCCAUCUUGAGGAACUUGAUAUUUCCUACAAUGGUAUUGCUUCCAUUCCUAAUGAAAUCCAGAAACUCAGAUCACUUGAAAAACUGAAUGUUGAUGGGAAUGAACUGACGACUUUUCCAUCUGCAAUUUUGAAGCUUAACCUGAAAAAAAUCCUCUUUGAGAAUACUUUCACUCAUCCUAUGUUUUGGAAGGAGAAUUCUUUGAAUAGCCCACCAUCCCUUACUCAAAUUGCUUCUUUUUUCUUUUUAAAAAAUAAUCUACGUGAAUAUUAUAAUGUGAUCCCAGCGAAAAUUCAAAAGCUACUCAAAUGCACAUCUAGGUGUGAAUGGUGUCAAGGUCCCAUGUUCGGUGAAGGUUUUCGAGUCAUCCGAUCCUAUGACGGUUUUGGAACAACACACCUUCCUAUUUUGUUUCUUGUGUGUUCUUCUUCCUGCUAUAGAGAAGUAAAGGAACGCAGUUUUAUUUCAGGUAGUAUUCCUAGUGGAAAAAUAACUCUAAAUUCUGAGUUGAUAAGUCAGGCAAUGAUUUAG